UUAGCUGAGCUGCUGCUGAUGACGCUGUGCACACCCAGAGACUUUCAUCUGAAUAUACAAGAUACGUACCAAACAUCAAACAUCCAACCUGCCCAGUAUCUAGACGUUUGAAAGUAUUUGAACAUUCGAGAGGACAAGUCUUGAACCUAAUCGUUCGUUGGUCUACGGGAGAAUCCGCCGGCAUGUUUUACACCUGUGGACCCAAUGAGGCGAUGGUGGUGUCUGGGUUCUGCCGCUCCCCCCCCCUGAUGAUUGCUGGGGGACGCGUCUUCAUCUUCCCCUGUGUCCAGAAGCUCCAGAGGAUCUCUCUCAACACCAUGACUCUGAGUGUGAAGAGUGACAAGGUGUACACGCGUCACGGCGUCCCCGUGUCGGUCACCGGCAUCGCCCAGAUGAAGAUCCAGGGGCAGAACAAGGAGAUGCUGGCGGCGGCCUGCCAGAUGUUCAUGGGGAAGAGCGAGGGGGAGAUCGCCCACAUCGCCCUGGAGACCCUGGAGGGCCACCAGAGGGCCAUCAUCGCCCACCUCACCGUGGAGGAGAUCUACAAGGACCGGCAGAAGUUCUCGGAGCAGGUGUUCAAGGUGGCGUCGUCAGACCUGGUGAACAUGGGCAUCAGCGUGGUCAGCUACACCCUGAAGGACGUCCACGACGACCAGGACUACCUCCACUCCCUGGGGAAGGCCCGCACCGCCCAGGUCCAGAAGGACGCCCGCAUCGGGGAGGCGCUCAACAAGAGGGACGCCGUGAUCAGGGAGGCCCAUGCGAUGCAGGAGAAGAUCUCUGCUCAGUUUAAGAACGAGAUCGAGAUGGCCAAGGCCCAGCGGGACUACGAGCUGAAGAAGGCCAGCUACGACAUCGAGGUCUUCACCAAGAAGGCCGAGUCAGAGAUGGCCUAUCAGCUGCAGGUGGCGAAGACGAAGCAGUGCAUCGAGGAGGAGAAGAUGCAGGUGCAGGUGGUGGAGCGGGCGCAGCAGAUCCUGCUGCAGGAGCAGGAGAUCACGAGGCGCGAGAUGGAGCUGGAGGCCCGGGUGAAGAGGCCCGCCGAGGCUGAGCGAUACCGCACCGAGAGGCUGGCCGAGGCCCAGCGUCUCCAAAUGAUCAUGGCAGCCGAGGCUGAGGCCGAGUCCAUCAGGAUGAAGGGCGAGGCGGAGGCCUUUGCGGUGGAGGCCAAAGGCCGUGCGGAGGCAGAGCAGAUGGCCAAGAAGGCCGAAGCCUUCCAGCAGUACAAAGAGGGAGCCAUGGUGGACAUGCUGCUGGAGAAACUGCCUCUGAUGGCGGAAGAGAUUGCCAGGCCCCUCUCCGCCGCCCACAAGGUGACCAUGAUUUCCAGCGGGGGCGGAGAAGUGGGCGCGUCCAAGCUGACGGGGGAGGUGCUAGACAUCAUGACACGCCUCCCGGAGACGGUGGAGAAACUCACUGGUGUCCGUAUUUCCCAGGUGACCUGUUCUGGCUGAAGGGGG